AUGUCCGAGCUGCUGGGCGAGAUAGACUUGUUGUUGCUGCAUGCACAGGCUGUCUAUUGCAUGAUUGAACCUGCAGAGCAGACCAGACAGAUGGCUGCAGAGCUGGCAGAAAAGCUGUUUGCUGCAGGAGAGACCAUGAAUCUUGCUGGACUCUAUUCUGAAUUCUCCCUUUAUUCCUUCACCAAAAGCAACUAUGAUGAGGCGUUCAAGUGGAGUAUGCAGGCUAUCCAGGAGCUGAACGAGCACUGCUCUCCUCGGGUGACCAUUGAGGCUCUUAGCCAGGCCAGCAAGGCGUGUAUUGUCAAGCGAGAGUUUGUCAAGGCAGGGGAGCUGGUAAGACAAGCUGUACACCUAGCCAGGGAUAUCUAUGGACCACAACAUCCCAAGUUUGCAGACACACUGUUGGACUAUGGCUUCUACCUGCUCAACAAUGACUGUAUCAAACAGAGUGUCGCUAUCUAUGAGGAAGCACUGGCUCUCAAGAAAGCCCUGUAUGGUCGUUACAACCUACAUGUGGCAGUUGCUCAGGAAGAUCUUGCCUACGCUCUCUACGUGCACGAGUACAGUUCAGGCAACUUCAGGAUUGCAAGAGAGAAUGCAGAGAAAGCCAUUCGUCUGAUGAAGCAGCUGCUGCCUGAGGAGCAUCUGAUGCUGGCAUCUGCACAGAGAGUGCAUGCUCUCAUCCUGGAGGAGAUUGCUCUGGACAACAUCCCUGGAACUAGCUACGCCACAUCAACAGAACUGCUGAAAACUGCGGAAAAGUUACACAAAAAUGCUUUGAGACUAACUCGACUUUCCUUUGGAGAAGACAAUGUUCAAACUGCAAAACACUAUGGCAACUUAGGCCGCCUGUAUCAGAGCAUGAGGCAAUUUAAGGAGGCAGAGCAAAUGCAUCUGAAAGCUAUUGCAAUAAAGGAGAAGCUUGUGGGCCCAGAAGACUACGAGGUAGGCUUGUCCGUGGGACAUCUUGCUAGUCUGUACAACUACCACAUGCAUGAGUACCGCAAGGCUGAGCAACUCUACUUCCGCUCCAUCAAAAUCAAUCUGCAACUGUACAGUGCCACAUACUCUGGCCUAGAGUAUGACUAUCGAGGGCUGAUCCAUGUAUAUGAUAAGCUGGGACAUCGAGACAAAGUUUCAGAGUACAUGGUCCUUCUUACCAAGUGGAAGGAGCUACGCGAAUGCCUUGCUCUUAGAGAGACCUCACCUCUAGUACUAGAAGAAGGACCUAAAACCCUGGCUUAUAUCAAACAGCUUGUUGCCUGAACACUUCUUAAUGGAUAUUUCCUACUUUUUAAAAACUUGACAAGAUUUUGUGAAGACUUAAAAGAUACUGCCUCUGUCUAACCACACAUUAAGAUGUAGUUUAUAUUUGUGGUAUUAUAGCAGUUCAAUGUAAUGAUAUAUAAUAAUUUUUUAACUUUAUGAUGUUGAUAUUUGUUACAUAAUUUCAUAUAUUUGAGUUUAAGAAAGUUUUAUGAGUAAAUAGUUAGGCAUUUUAAACUUGUCGAUUAACAGCAUUAGAUUCAUGGGAUAUCACAAUGAACUCGGUAUGAUCUAUAAAAAAGAAAUAUUUAUUGAGUUUACGCUGAUUUUAUUUUGUUUUCUCAUUUUAAAAACUAGUUUCUUUUGAACCAAGCAACUUAAUAUUUUGGAUCAAUCUUAAAUGUUAGACCAGCCUAUUGGAAAGAGAUAUUUUUUAAUAUUCCUUUUAAGUUGUUUUUACAAAAAAACUAACUAAUGGAUAAAAAAACUUUAAAAAAAUUAAUGCUUGUAGGUUUGGCUAACAUUUUUUAUAUAGAUAUACAAAUAUUUGUUCAUUACUUUGGUGAAUAUUGUUGUAUAAAAAUGUAAUAUUAAGAAGAUAACAAAAUGAGGUAUGUAUAUACAACACCUGCACAAGGGUUAGUUUGUUAUACUGUGCCAUUAAAAGGCCUGUGUUCUGUAAAUAUGUAUUCAAUUGUAAAUAUCCUUGCUUUCAAUUAAGAUUUUGGUCAUCUGCAAUGCAAAAUUUCUACUAACAAAAAUUAUAUGAAAGUGCUGUAGUCAAAUGGUUUGUUACUCAAAGGUUUCCAAAUAGGUAAACAAGAAAUCAAUUAGAUUGCAUUGUAUACUUCGUUCACAAUAUUUAGGCGGUUUGAGGGGAAGUUCCCCCACCACUUUAAAAAAAAUUUAAUGUAUGUUUCUUAAUCAGCUGUUGAGCUAUUAAUUUAAAGGUAAGGGUCAAGUGGAAGUGAUAGAUUUCAUCCCCUAAAACUGCAUAAAUAUUGUGAACGAAGUAUAAAUUAACAUGGCCAACACAAAAAAUACUAAACUUGUCCAUAAAUAAAUGUCUCCGCUGAGUUCCCCUUAUGACCCUCGCCAUUUUCUUUACUUCAUCUAUUACGAUUUUAGCCAAUUCCCACCCUGUCCUAUGAUGCAAUGAUAAGUCUUGUCAUACUAGCAAAAGAAUAUGUGAAGGAAAAUCAACGCUCCCUUUCGCUUGGGUCCAGUGAUUGUAUCUCUGUGGCCUAAGGCAUCAACAGCUAUUAGAGUCGAUAGUCAGUUGACUGAUGUGAAUAAAGUAAAAUCUUUAGAAAUUAAAAAUACAUUUAAAGUGUAGGGAAAGUUUGGAGGUGAUUGUAAAUCUCUACAGGCUGCUUUUUAGUGUUCAUCGUUCUUGUAUGAGGCUAAAAUCAGGGAAGUUUUACAUAUAGAUCGCAGUGUGACUGAUUGCUACAGUGAUAGGGGACGACACUACCAAGACUACCAAGGAACACAGCAAACCCUACAAGUCUGAAACAAGUUGAUCAGCAAGCAAAGUUCUCUUAACUUUAAUCACAAUCUUGAUGGAAACUAAUGAACACACUGCCGGCCUUGUUGAGGAAAUUUUUGACCUUCUGAAAUAACCUUAACCACUUAUGCCCAUUUUGUAUGCCUAAACUCUUUUCAGCAUACACAUCAGUUAAUCUACAACUGACAAGUGGGGUCCCAAUAGGGGUGGACCCCCCACAGAAAUCUAAGUGUGGAAUGCAAUUUAUCAUGUGGCUUGAGCAUCGGUUUACCCUCACAUUGUUUUAAGCUACUAUGACAAACUAAUCAUCACAUGGGGUUGUGGGAGUGCUAGAAUAGUAGUAGUGUAUGAAGUAUCGAAACUGCAUAGCCUUGGUCUCAGAUUUGAAUUAGCUCGCUUAGGAGCUUCAUAGACACCUUAAUUUACGGGCAACCCUUUAUAACGAAUAAUCCUGCCACUAACUGGUCUUACCUAGGGUUGUUUAAACAUCUUGUGGUAUAGACAUGAUUGGCCUUCAUAGAGUGAGCUACAAACACAUAGCCUACUCUGGCUGAGCCAGUUCAUCAAUUGUGAACAAAUUUUAUACUAUUAUUAUAAUUAUUAUAUGAAAAACAGUAAAUAAGAUGGUACUACGUUUUAUGUUUUUGUUUUCUAAUUCACUUUUAAUUUCUAAAAUUUUGUAACAACAAACAAUUGAGAUAGCAAAAUUAUUAAACAUUUUUUGUUCAUUUUGUCUUUAACCUUAAUGUUACAGUAUUAGUAUUUAUCCAUUUGCAAUGUUAAUUGAACCUGACUGUAAAAAAAUUAUUAAUUUGCACACAGCAUUUUUUUUUGUAUUGUUAUUGUUGAUCUGCAUAAAAUAGUAUGAGUUUCAAAAGUAACUGUAGCACAACUGAAAUUUAUUUUGCUGUGUUUUUGGUUGUUCAUAUAGUAUGUAAAAGUGUAAUAAAACUUUUGUGUUCAUGCUUUAA